CGCGUAACCGUCCACCAGUCUGAGAGAGAAAGUGAAUUAAAGAAACUGCCACCAUGACGGGAAGAGAAGAAGCUACAGAUGAAAAACCUAAAGUUAAACUUUACCCUUCGUUCGGAAUCGACAAAUCACGUCUGAAUGGAUCUGGAUUUCGGUCCAAAGGGUUCGCAAUCACAGAUCUCCUGGGUCUGGAGUCGGAACUUCAGCCGCACCAGUCAGGAACAGGCGCGGGGCCCAAUGGAGAGGGCCAGAGCGCGGCGGUUGGAGGAUUUUCUUUCCCGGGAGGAUCUUUGCCCUUGGGCUUGGGGUUUCUGUGUAGUUUGGCGGCGCAACAGCCUCCUGGGGCCCCAUGUUUUCUCCCGAGCCACAUCCCUCUGUUGCAGUCACGGACGGAGAGCCACUUCAUGCAGAAUCUGGAGCAGCAAAGGGACGUUUACUCCGAUGAUGACUGCCUUUCCGGUGAUCGCAAUGAUGGAAAAAACUCAGGGAACUCUCAAAAGAGGAAAAAGAGAAGGCACAGGACAGUUUUCACCUCCCAUCAACUUGAGGAACUAGAGAAAGCUUUCAAUGAAGCACACUAUCCAGACGUUUACGCGAGAGAAAUGCUGGCAAUGAAGACAGAGCUACCAGAGGACAGGAUACAGGUAUGGUUUCAAAACCGGCGUGCAAAGUGGAGGAAGAGGGAAAAGUGCUGGGGCCGUAGCAGCGUGAUGGCAGAGUAUGGGCUGUAUGGAGCCAUGGUGCGCCACUCCAUUCCACUCCCAGAAUCCAUCAUCAACUCUGCCAAGAGCGGGAUGAUGGGCUCAUGCGCUCCCUGGCUUCUAGGAAUGCACAAAAAGUCUAUGGAAAUUGUGAAGAAAGCUCCUGGCACGCCUGAAUCGACACAUUCAGAUACAUAUUCAGAGGAACACAAAGGGAAAGACAGCGACACGACAUGGUCAAGCGGAGCUAAUGGAGCGGACGAUUCAGAGGACAUGGCAAUAGAUCUGUCUAGCACUUCAAAACAAGAGAACAAAAGCACUUUGAAAAGAUCUCCGCCUCGCACAGAAAACAGCAGCGAUUCUGAAAAUGAGAGUUAAAAAUGGACCUCAAUAUAUGGACAGUUUUGAAGAGCACGUGCUGUACAAGGACUAUCAGUUAAUAGGAUGUCUCACCUUUUGUUUGUUUGCAUUUCUGUGUCAUUUAAGGGUUUUUAUGUUGUUGCUUAUCAAAUAAUUGAAUACUAGAGACUGUUUUAUUCUGAAUUAUUUUAUGUUUAAUGUAAAUAGUGUUUAAAAAGUUUGCAUUUAUGGGCAUUAUCCAUCUAAUUUUAAGUAAGUUCCCAUAUUUAAUUUUUUUUCUGUCAAAAAAUGCUGUAAGGUGAUUACUUGUUCACCGCUACUGUGAAUGUCAUAUUUCCCUGUUAAAAUACAGCAUGUGUCUGGGUAACGGAAAUUAUUUUAAAGCACUUUACCUGCUGUGAUGAUGAAUGUUUUGCAUUGAUAAGUGUCAUCAACAGAGCAAUAUAAUGCCAGCAAAAAAAGAAAUCCACAUCACCACACACACAAAAAAUAAUAACUAAAUAAACAUAUUUUAUGCUUUUGA